CUGCUUUACUAUCGGCUACAUCGGCUGCUCCAGCAACCGAGCCUGUUGUACGGCGCUACAACAGUCCGUUAACAAGAUUUCCUUCACAACCAGCUCUGUCUGCCAGAAGCCGUCAAUCACGGCGGUGGAGGUGAGGGGCACCAACUGGCAGAGCUGGGUUACUAAGGCAUGGCCCAUCAAUACGGGCACCGGGUACGACAUCAAGAUCUACGACCUGCCGUACAAUUCGACCACCUUUCCGGGCACCACCAUCUGCAUCACCGCCAAGUGGCCAUGCGCUGACAUCUCCGAUCUCUGCGACAUGAAUUCCGGC